GAUUGAAGAUUGAAGAUUGAAUUUAUCGGGCUUUAAGUGAGUAAAAAAUAUAUGAGUAUCAAAAAUCUUGGACUUGUAUUGAUAUAAAUAUAUUAUUUAUUAAUUAGUUUAUUUAUUUUAAAUUUAAACGGCUCAAGUUUUCCAUUUAUUUUGAUGUUUUUAACUAAAGAAAGAGUGUUGUUUCCUGUGGACAAUAAACCUUUGAAGCAUCUUUAAAUAUCUUGAGUUGAUACAGACCCAGCAUAGAGUUGGGGAGGAAGAAGGAGCGAGAAAGUGAUAGAGGAGAAAAGGAAAAGAAGAAGACGAAGCAGAAGAAGAAGAAGAGGGAGUGAGAUAAAAAGUGAAGUGGUGUUUGUGUCUCGCUCUUGCAUCGACAACACACUGAGAGUUAGUGUGAUGGUGUUUGUUGGUGUCGUCUGUUAGUGAGGGUAAAAAGGCACAGUUGCUGUAAUGGCCGCCGUGUCAUGAAAUGAAGGUGCCCAGCCAGUGUUGCGGUCCCAUAAUGGAGGAUAACUCCAGUUCAACUUCACAAAAUCAUAAUGGACCAUUGUCGUCAGCUGGUGUUAAUGUAUCAGCAUCAAAUGACAAACAUCAAAAUAGUGAUAAUCCUAGUGGUAAUGGUAAUAAUAAAGAUCAACGACCACAAUACUCAAUGCCUGGAAUUUUACACUUCAUACAGCACGAGUGGGCUCGUUUUGAGCUUGACAGAUCCCAGUGGGAAUUAGACAGAGCUGAAUUUCAGGCUAGAAUAGCUUUUUUACAAGGAGAGAGAAAAGCUCAAGAGAAUUUGAAAAAUGAUUUGGUCAGAAGGAUAAAAAUGCUCGAGUAUGCUCUCAAACAAGAAAGGGCAAAAUAUCAUGUAUUGAAAUAUGGAACGGAUAUCGGAAUCGAGGGGGAUGGAAAGCCACCUCUUUACGAAGAGAGUACUACAGGUGAUGGAUCUGAAGGUGGUGGUGCUGAUGACGAGGCAAUCUUUUCAUCCGUCAGUAAUAUAUCAUGGCGACAAGGACGUCAGUUAUUACGAGAAUAUUUACAAGAAAUCGGAUAUACUGACACAAUUAUUGAUGUAAGAUCAAACCGAGUACGUUCAUUACUCGGCUUAAAUAAUAAUGCUGAUACCGAAGAGAUUCAUACACCGGCUAUAAAUGGUAUUAAUGAAACGGCAACAAAACGUGUGCGGACUAACUACAAACGCAAUACCCCAGCUAAAAAGGUAGAGCAACAGCCAUCAUCACUCACGGAAGCAAUAAUAUUCGACACAGAAGCAUCCGUGAUGGCUAAUUUUGAAUUUCUCGCUCACACUGAUAUCGAUAUGGAGGAAGAGGACGUCGAGAAUGAAGAUGAGUUGUAUGAUCAGGAUGUUAAGAAACAGAAGCAGAACAAGGAGACGAUAAUGCUGGUCGAGGAUGUCGAUGUCGAAGCUGAAGAAGUAUUCAAUGAACUUAAUCUUCUUACUGAAACAGAAGAUCAGUUGGCCUCUAAAUCAGCUAUAAAAUUUCAUCCUGAUUAUAUCGCUCCGCCAUCAGAGCGAGAGGAGCGUCUUUCAGCAAUUGAAAGGCUUGGAGAUUUAGCCCAAUUGACUGUUAAUAAUGACGCUGAAAUAUCAUACAAUAUGUCAGCACCACCAAGAGAAAUAUUUAGAAAAACAUGGAACGCGAAGAACAUUUUACGUUCUCACUUUGAUUGCGUAAGAUCACUCGUCUUCCACCCAACAGAUCCAGUGCUGAUAACAGCAAGUGAUGACCACACUCUCAAGCUGUGGAAUUUACAAAAAACAGUACCAGCUAAGAAGUCGGCGUCUCUUGAUGUCGAGCCACUUUACACAUUUAGAUCACACACUGGACCAGUCCUGUGUUUGGCGAUGUGCAAAACCGGUAAUCGCUGUUACAGCGGUGGAUUAGACAGUAUGAUACACUGUUGGUCAGUACCCUCGGGAAAUAUCGAUCCCUAUGAUUCAUAUGAACCGGGUGUUCUUAGUCAAACGUUAACUGGACACACUGACGCUGUUUGGGGACUGAGUAUGUUUCAUCCCCGGUCACAGCUGCUGUCUGUAAGUGCUGAUGGUACUGUCAAGCUUUGGAAUCCACAGAGCACAGUACCUCUGCUUAAUACGUACACUUCUGAACAAGAUGGCAUUCCAACAUCUGUUGAUUUUGUUCGAGACGAAUCACACAAAAUAGUCGUAGCUUAUGAAGCUGCUUGUCUUAUAUUCGACGCUGAAACAGGCGCCGUCGUAUCACGACUUGAGGGCAAUGGUACUAGAGGCAUUAAUCGUGUUGUUGCACAUCCGCUCCAAUCGUUAAUUGUUGCUGCUCAUGAAGACAGACACAUUAGAUUUUAUGACCAUCGUACUGCUUCACUUGCACACGCUAUGGUCGCGCAUUUGGACGCCGUCACUAGUCUCGCUGUGGAUCCCCAUGGACUUUAUUUACUAUCUGGCAGUCAUGAUUGCAGUAUAAGAUUAUGGAAUAUUGAUAACAAGACUUGCGUACAAGAAAUAACAGCACAUCGUAAAAAAUUCGACGAAAGUAUUCUAGAUGUUGCGUUUCAUCCAUCGUUACCGUUCAUCGCGAGCGCCGGAGCUGAUGCACUUGCCAAGGUAUUCGCGUAAGUGAUAUUUAAAAAGAAAAAUGGAAAAUAAAAAUUUUAAUAAUAAUAAUAAUCACAAUAAGUCAAGAAAAAAUAUUAAAAAAACGUUUUCAACUACGAGUCUUUGUUAAAAUUAGUUAAUAAAUCAUGUGAAGCGGUUUUUGUACUCAUGUUCUAUGUUAUUAUUUUUUUUAGAUAGUUUUUAUUUGUAUGUACUCCACUUCCAAACUAUGUUUUGAAUGUUUUAAUGAUCUAUCUCCAUUGAUAAUUAGUUGUGAGCCGUAGUUAAGUAUAUCAAAGAAAAAAAAAAAAUUAAAAAAUUAAAAAAAAAUUCAACAUAUUAAAAAAUACUCAUAUUAUAUAAAUAUAUAAAUAUUAUACAUUGAUAGAGAUGAAAAGCAAAUAAAUGAUGAUUUUUAAUAAUAAUAAUAUUAAUUAUUAUUAUUACUAAUGAAAAAAAAAGUUAUUAAUUAAUAAAAAGUAAAUAUAAAGUUAAUGGAAAAUCCAAUAGAUAAAAAUAUGAAACCUUGUAAUAAUAUACUAUUUGAAUAACUUAUAAUUUUUAUUAAAUGUGCAAAUGCUGUUUGUUGAACUGUCACUAAGUAGACGUAUAAUCCUGUCGGCAGCGUGGAAAAAUUUAAAAUUUUAAAUCAACUAAAUAAUUGAUUAAUUCAUUAAAUGCGUAUAAGUAUAAUUAAAUUAUUGUAGGGCGUAUACAUUUUUUUGAGGAGGUUCGUUAGUUCAUAUAUAAAUAUAUACAUUUUUUUUUCAAUUUAUCUAAUAAAUUUAAAAGUAAUCAAUUUUUUUUUUAAUUUUUAAUGAUUUGGUUUGACUAAAAAUUAAAAAUUUUUUAUUUCAACAAAAACAUAUUUAUUUAUAUUAAUUAUCAACGUUUAGUUUAAUUAAUGACUUAAAAUUUAAAUAUAAUGAAAAUAAUAUAAAAUAAUAAAAUUAAGAUGAAAUAUUAAAUAAAUUAAAAGAAUGUUAACAAUAAAAUUAAUUUAUAAUUUUUUUACCGAUUUAAUAAUUUGUAUAAUUUAUAUAUAUAAUUAACUAAUUAAAUGAUAAAUAACACUAAUGAUAAUUAUUAUUAAAAGUAAUAAAUAAAAUACCAAAAUCUAUAAUAAAAUUUUUAACUAACGAUUCUCCUGCAUUACAAAAAAGUGGACAAGAUUUUAAAAACAAAUGGAGAUGAGAGUAAUAAUAAAUAAUUAAUUAAUGAUUUAAUUUUUUAAUUGAUUGAUAAUUUAAAUGAAAAAUAAAUAUGUUAAGUCCAUAAUGCACACUGCCGCAGUAGCAUAAUAUUUAUCUUUAUGUUAAUUAUUUAUUACCACCACAGUUACUGUUGCACAGCCACUGAAAAAUUAGAGUAUCAUUAAUUGAAAAAAGGAAUGAAACAAUUAAAAGGUCCAGCGAUUAAGGGUCGAGUUAAAAAUAAAAUGUUAUAAUUAGUCUCCCAUUACACGACUUUGCUGACUCCUGUAAUACUCGAGGUACAGCGUAAUAGAAAUUAUAAUUACAAUUAAAAUAAUUGAUAAUAAUUAUAAUAAUAAUAAUAUUAAUAUUAAUAAUAAAGUAAUAAUGCGUAAGAUUAUAAAAAAUAUUAGACAUAAUAAUUAAUAACAAUAAAUUAUAAUUGUGUGUUUCACUGUAAUAUAUUGUAUUUAAAAAUAGACAAAAAGACGUGUAACUCAUAAUGCAACUUUUUGUUUUAACGA